AUGACUGAAGAGAUCUUUAAGGAGAUCUUGGGAACACCAAAGAGUCCAGAACCUGUAAGAAUGGAGAAGAGCAAUAACAACGAGUAUGUGGUCACUGCGAUUCCCCUGGUCAGUGAGGUCCAGCUGACCGCGGCCACAGGGGGAGCUGAGCUCUCCUGUUACCGCUGCAUCAUCCCAUUUGCCAUCGUGGUUCUGAUUGCAGGCGUGGUGGUCACGGCUGUAGCCUACAGUUUCAAUUCUCAUGGAUCCAUCAUCUCCAUUUUGGGGCUUGUCCUACUGUCAUCUGGACUCCUCUUGUUAGCUUCCAGUGCCUUGUGCUGGAAGGUAAGGCAGAGGAGCAAGAAAUCGAAAAGACGAGAAAGUCAGACUGUUCUGGUGGCAAAUCAGAGGAGCCUGUUUGCUUAAAAAAAAAUUGGAUCAAACAGAAAUUGGA